UCACCGAGUACCCCCUCGAAACAUCUCGACUCGUUUUGUGUGUUUGGCUCCGUUCCUCGACGACAAGUCUCUCGCUUCCUUCCCAACGUACGCUCACGCCAUCCGAUCCAGCGUCCUUGAAAGGUUGCCACCCCGAGCUCUCUAUCUCUUCCACGGCCCACACCAAAACGAGACGACUUCGAUUCUUAGCAGCUAGCUCUGCUUGUUCUUUUUACGAACACAAUAUUUUCACGCCUUCCUUUCUUUCGAUCGAUAGCUAUUUCUGAACAAGUAGUCGGGACGACAGACACCUGGAAAUUGGGUCAGAAUGUCUCCAGCUAUGCAGAUGACAGGGCAGCACGCCCCAUACACCCCACGAUCCGACGCUAUGGAUCGUCACGAUUAUGGUAUUACCAAGAACAGGAAACCAGCCUCCACGGGUGGUGGACGAGCGUGGAGUGAAGACGAGGAAGCUUAUCUUCUCCAAACACGAAUGCAAAAGAUGCCGUACAAACAUAUCGCCGCUUACCUCAAGAAGACAGAGCUCGCAUGUCGCCUUCAUUACCACCAACUCAGCCACGGCAGCAACCGGCGCAAGCGCACCACUUCCAUGUCGUCGGGAUCCUCAAACAGCCACUCUCCGGUCUUGCACACCUCGAUGCCCUCGCCUAUCCACGAGCAUGGCGGCGCGCCCAGCCGGUCUGUUUCCCCUCCCGAUUCAGUAUACGGGGCGACAAGUCCGGGCGGCAUCCAGCUCCCCAGCAUCAUGUCAGCAACCGCUUCCACCAGCACCUCUCCGCGCCUCCCGACCAUCCUGCCCAAACCCUCUUCCAUGAGCCUGGCUAUGUCGUCGAUGAACGGUUCCGGUUCCAGCAACACUGGCUCCCCGACCACAUCUCGCGGCUACCCCACCCCUCUCCACGACACCCGCCCGCCCAACAUGGCUCCCAUGACAUCGACUGGGUACCGCGGCGCCCCCAACCCCCCGGCGCGUGGUCCCAACACAAACCCCCACCAUCACGGCCCCGGUCCCGGCCCCCUCCGACUCGACUGCUCCGCGCUCCCACCGCCCCCCACCGCAAGCGGCCUCCCCGCCCCGCCAGGCUUCGCGGCAAGCCACCCCGUCGACAUGGCGCGCCUGACGGCCGUCUACAACGCGCACCGCGCCUCCUUCUGGGCCGCCAUCGCCGCCGACUACGGCCCCGGCGCCAACCCCCUCGUCCUCGAGCAGGCCUGGCGCGGCACCUCGGCCGGCUGCACCCCGUCCGGCGCCAGCGCCGCCGCCAGCAUGGGCAUCGCCGCACAGACCCCCAUCACCCCCGUCGGGAGCCCCGACGACCAGAUCUACUCGGCCGGCGGCAGCGCCGUUCAUCCUCACCACCAUGCUGCUGCUGCUGCUGGGCAUGGUCAACAUAUCCACCAUGGAUUGGGUGGGCAUGGCGGCUUGGGCGGCGCGCAUGGCAAGCCGGAUAAGACGCGGAUUAGCGCCAUUCUGGGGAUUGAUGCCAACCCGAGGAGCCCGAGUGAGAGGGAGAUGGUGAGGCGGAUUGAGGAGGAGAGGGGGGCUGUGGGUGUGGGGAUGGCUUGAUUUGUUUCUGGUCUGGCUGUUGGUCUGAUGGAUGGGCUUGGGGUUUUGUGUUGGGUUGGUUGCUUCUCUCGCCUGCCUGGGGUUUGUGUUGUGGUUGUGCCGUGUUCUCUUCUUGUCAAUCGUUUGUGGUUUUGAGAUUUACCUGAGUGGUGGUUUGCGGUUCGGCUUGGGUUUGGCUGGUGGGGUGGGGUGGGAUGGGGGAACACAAUGGAAGUGAUGUGAUGUCUUUGCACC